AUGAGUAGGCUUGUCAAGAGACAGUCUUCUAAAGCCAUUUCAGAUUCUGACCCACCUCGGGAGAAAAGCCAAUCUGAGCGUUUGGCUGCAGCUCAGCAACUUCUUGCAUGUCGUGAGAUUCUGGCUACGCUAACUCAAGAGGCUUCUAGGUCUACAGGCCCUAAUGGUCCUUCAGCUGGCACAACUGCAUUUUCUACUCAGGUUAGUUAUUAUUCAGUAAGGUUACGCCUUCGCUUUAGGCCAAUUUAUGGGCAGUGUUUUAGCCCGAGGCGGUCAAUUCAUCAAGCUUUUUUUAUUUUAACCACCUUCGUGGAUGCUAUCACAAUGAAAAUUUGCUAUUUUAAUUCUAGUCUAAGCGAUGUAUUUACCUUAUUCCGUUUAAGGUGA